AUGUCGUCGCUCUUACACGAUGUUCGUCGCGAUGGGUUCAUUUCAUCACUCGGCAGGUUCAUGGCAGAACCUGGUCGUGUGGACCGAAUCGAAGUUGAGAAACUUCGAAGCAUGUUUCUGCCAAAGCUUACACCGGAAGGAAGAAAAUUACUGCGAGAUAAUUCCGACUUCGUCGGUACCCAGUUGAAACACUAUGGAGUGCAGUUCGAAGAACCCAAUUCAUCCUUUGGACGGCGCACUACACCCACUGCAUUACUGAAGGCUGCCCUCACAGCCGGGAAAUGCGACCAGGUUCCCGAUCAUAUCAUUAAGCUUCAAAAUGAGAUGCAUGAAGAAUGGCUCAGCGAUUGUACUCCCGAGGAACUCUCAUCCUACCCUGAAUGGGUAAUGCAGAAGUACUUCUUGUCCGAUGGCCAGGCAAACCGACUUAAAACGACCGGUGUUAUUGGCAUACCUCUUGAUCGACACAGUGAAUACCGCUCUGGGAAUAUGAUUGAAGCUGCCACUAUGAUCCCAGGUCUGCACCACAAGAAAGCCUUUGGGCCGAAGACUCAGGUUAUCUUCAUGGGUUGGGAUGAAGCCGCUGUGGGAAAGGCAGCCAAUCAACACUCCAGCGAUGAGACAAGGCGACUGAAAGAUAAGGAAUCAGAGAGGGAGAAUGGGCGAGAAAAACUGCAUCAGGACUAUCUUCUUAAACUCGGUCGGAAGACAGAGGAUGUCUCCCCUAUUGGGAGAUAUAAUGUUGAUUGUGCUCCUAUCGAGAAUGGGUUCCUAGACAAGCCAACUGACCUUGUUCUCAAUAUCCACCGAACUGAAACACCUGGUAUUUUCAAAGUCGCCUUUGAUUUCGGAGUUGUCGAGGGCGUGAUGCUUAUGUGUUUGGAGGAAGUUGCCCUGGACAAAUACUGCGCUCAGGCUGGUCGUGGACAUGAAGAAAAUUCAGCCGAUUCCUUGGAUGAAGAGGACUCCGAGGAAGAUCUUGUCGAUGGGGGUGGCAUUUCAACCAAAAAGAACUUGAAGCUGGGCAAUAAGAGAGGUCGACCAGCCUCCAAAACUAGCAUGGCGAGAGCGAAAAUUCAGAAGACAGGGAACGAUCGGGCUCUUCAAUAUCAUCUCAAGCUUAAAUGCCGCGAGAAAAGUGAAGGCAUGAUUUACUUCCAGGAAAGCGACGGGACUAUCAAUUUCGAUAAUGAAAAGCUCGCCAGCUUUGAGGGAUUGGUGGAUCUUCCCAUAAUAGGACAAGGAGUAUCGUUCUCUGCGCGGAAGAUUUCUGACGUGCCCCGUCCAUCCAGGAAGAAUUGGGCAGAUUAUUCCGAGCGGCAGUAUGAGAUGGAACGGGUUAACAGAUGGCACUAG